CACUACUAUAUAACAAAUAAUUUGAGGUGAUGAAGAUAACAACGUUUGAGAUCCGGCUUCACAACCCUCAGCCAGUAUACUAUGCCGGACAGACCGUAGCAGGACAGGUGUAUCUUGAAUUAGCAGCUGAGCUUGACUUCCGUGCCAUUACCUUGGCACUGCAUGGUGACGCAAAUGUUGCUUGGACGGAACAUCAUGGAUCAGGGAAGAGCCGCCGCACAGUUCACUAUCGUAACAACGAGACCUACCUUAACAUAAAACUCUAUCUCAUCGGGGACGGCAAAGAGAAGAGCAAGCUUCCGGCUGGAGGUCACAACUUUCCCUUCUCUAUAACUCUCCCCAUGAACCUACCCUCCACUUUCAUUGGAGAUCACGGGCGAGUGCUGUACUUAUUCAAGUGUAACAUUGAUAGACCGUGGAAGAGAGAUAACAACCUCCACCUUUAUAUCACAGUUGUGUCAUUGCUCGACCUCAACCAGGAUCCCAAUGCAGCAUCGCCGAUGACCAACAGUGGGAGUAAAAAGUUCGGUUGUCUCUGCUGCACAACUGGUCCCCUCAGUGCUACACUGUCCCUCCCCAAGCUGGGGUACGUGUGUGGGGAGACCAUCUUCUUUUCCGCUAGUAUAGAGAAUCUUAGCAACAAGGUCAUGACCAAAUCAACGAUAAAGCUGAUCGAGCGCGAUAUUUUCAUAUCAGCGCGUGGCAAGCAGCGGCACUCAAACCGGAUAAUAUUGACCCACCAGGAGGAAACCAUUGCACCGGGUGCCAGUUUCACGUGGAGUAAUGUCGGGCUCCUCAUACCCCCUCUCCCACCCUCCCAGCUCAUCUACUGUAACAUCAUCGAUAUAAUAUACACUGUGGAGCUCAGUGUGGAUCCCUCAGGGAUUGGGUUUGAUCUGGACGUUCCGGUGAACAUCACCAUCGGUACAAUCCCACUUCGUCAACAGUACCAACACAUCAACUACCAAUACCAGCCGGACGCAAACGCACCGCCUCCAGCAAUAGGUGCACCGCCACCAGACAUGAGUGCACCCCCACCACCCAGCUAUGGAGAAGUGGCGCACGGUGGGGCGGCGAUGGAGGGAACUGAGGGAGAAGGGAAUGAGGUCCAGGGAGGUGGGACUUACGCUCCUAGUUAUCCGACUUAUGCGUUUAAUAAGAGUUAACUUCAAGACAGUUUACUCUUUAUUCUAGUCACUAACUGGUCACUAACUGGUCACUAACUGGUCACUAACUGGUCACUAACUGGUCACUGACUGGUUACUAACUGGUCACUAACUGGUUACUAACUAGUCAUUAACUAACAAUUGUACAGUGCUUCGAGUAUGAGAUUCAUACUGCGACUGCUAGCCCUAUUACAGAUAAUUUAGGAUCUGUUGAGCUGUUGAGGGAACAUCACGGACAUUUGGUGGGUAUAUCGGAGUUGCAAUUAUGGCUGAUUGUUUUUAUCAACUAUACUGCUUUGAGAAUAGUCAGGUUAGAGUCAGGUUCCGCUUUAGGUUAUGAACACUAGAAACACAAGUCAGUUAUGUAAAUAAUCAUCACUGAUGUGGUGAGAAUAUGCUGUUUUGUUUACUUUGAUCUAGCUGCUGUUUUUUGCUUUUCUUAUAAUACUGCUUGAAGAAUGUUUGCGAAAGAAAAUACCGCAUGUAAUUGUACACUGUAGUGUUUUUAAACAACGUUUUAGUUUAUGAUAAUUGGUUGAUGAAUAUAACUGUUUGGUUUUUUUUGAAAUCUUGAGCGAUUUAUUUCCCAAUAAAAAUGCAUUGCAUGUGAUCCAGUUGAAUCUUGAUCUUCAUAUAAUCGAUAUGGUACACGUACUCUAGUUCGAAUAGCACACUAGUUCGACACGUACUCUAGUUUGAACUAUAGUUAUCGAACUAGAGUGCGUGUCGAACUAGAGUACGUGCAUUUCUGAAUAUAACAAUUUUCUGAGUUAUGGAAAGUAUUCAAGGCAAUGUAACUAUUUUUAGUUAAUAUUAUAAGAAAUAGUGUCAGUAAUUCAAGAAAAUGUGCUGAUUGCUGAAUCGAUAAUUUUUAUCAUGUUGUCUUUUUUAUUUCACACUGUACUUUCAGUUAUGAUCUUUGUUUUAUUGAGAGUGAAAACUGCUCAACAUUAAAAUUAA